AUGGGAAGCUGUUUUCCGACAAUUAUUCGCCAUUCUAAUAGACGACAAUGCGUUUUCACAAAGUCGGAAGGAAAAGUAGAUGUGCCGAAGGGUUAUUUAGCGGUUUAUGUAGGCGAGACUAAUGAGACUAAAACCCGUUUUCUCGUCCCGAUUUUGUAUCUAAAGCAUCCGAAGUUUCAAGAUUUGUUGAGAUUUUCGGAGGAAGAAUAUGGAUUCGAUUAUCCGAUGGGAGGGCUAACAAUCCCAUGCAGUGAAAAUGCAUUCUUGAAUGUAACUUCUUAUCUCCAAGAUGAGUUGCAGUUCCAAGGGAAAGGCAAACCGUAUUGA